GACCACCACAACUCCUUGCUCAUCAUGGACGAAGACAUCAUUGUCGUCGACGACGCUGAGGCUCCACCAUCUCAAGCCGGACCAUCCAAAGUCAAUGGAUUUAGUGGUGUAUCAGAUUUAUCUGCAAAACCUUCACCGACCGGUGCUGGAGAAAGACAUUCUUCUCGUCUUCGAACAACAAGUGCUGCUGCCCGGGCUGCAAUGGACGCUGCUAACGAGCGGACGACACGAUCUACAGGAAUAAAGAACAAGCCACCUCCGAAACUAAAACUUAAACUGAGUGAGAAAGCGGCAGCACAAGCUCCAGGAAUGUCAUUUCUGGGCCAGUACGACCGAGAACUGGAUUCGGAUGACGAAGAACUCGCAUUCGAAGAGCAGUUCAUUCUGCGUAUGCCAGCGGGAGAGGAUUGUGAGAAGUUAAGGAAGAUGGUCGCUGCUCGGGAGAUACCUAAUGAUGUCUGGUUCAAGUUCAAAGACUCUCGCCGUGCCGUAUUUCGUAUUGGUAAUUCAACGUAUUCCUCGAAACUCGUGGAUCUGCCCUGUAUUAUUGAGUCCCAGAAAACGCUGGAUAACAAACAAAUGUUCAAAGUUGCGGACAUAUGUCAAAUGCUUGUUGUUGAAAAUCGCGUCGAGAACGAUGAUGCCGCCAUGAACCAGAAGAGCUUCAAUAUUGAAGAGUUCAUUUGGCCGCAUGGUAUCACCCCACCACUGCAUCAUGUCCGGAAACGAAGAUUUCGCAAAAGGAUAAAUAGAAGGACCAUUGAGAGCGUGGAGCAAGCAGUCGAAAGGCUUCUUGAGGAAGACACGCUGGCAACAGAAGUCAAAUACGAGGUACUUGAAAAUGUCAAUCCUGACUUGUCGGACUCAGAAUUCAUUGAACGAGAAGAAGCAAUCGACGCUGCGACACCCGCUAUAUCUGAUAUUGGUGACGCCGCCACACCCGGAGGAGAUAUCGGAGAAUACGAGGCCGAAGGCGAUGAGGAGGAAGAGGAAGAACCUGACGGGGACAUUGAUGAAGAGUUGGCGGCGGAGCUCGACUUGGCCCUCGGUGACGAACAGCAAGGUGAUGGUGAUGAGGAUGAGGACGACGAGGACGAUGAAAGCGAGGAAGAUGAAGAUGAUGAAGAUGAUGAGGAGGCCCAAGCAAGGAAGUUGUUGAACGAAGAAAUUCGUGAUUUGGAAGCGGCGGUGGCGAAAAAGGGUAACGAGAUUGCAAGCUCUUCCAAUCCGCUCAUUAGGAAACGGUUCGAAGAUGCCCUGAAGAAAUUGACUUAUGACCUAGAAACUAAGAUUGUUCAACGGGAUGAACUACAGGAAAUGCAGCGGUUGAAGAAGGAGGGUAUUACUCUCGAUGAUAACCGCGAGUCUGACUCCGACGGAGACAGAAAUGAUGAUGGCGAUAUGGAUCGAGGCGGGGAAGGUCCAAUGGAAAUUGACUGACAUUCUGCCCGAGUACUUGUUGCAUUCCUAUUAUUUUUGUGUACUGCUUAUACUCUUUCUUCGAUCUCGAUAGAUCCUCUUUUCCCUGAGUGUUUACUCGUAAUGGCUUUCCUAGAGUUCUUUGACGACUUCUCGUGACGG